AGUCAUCCAGACUGUGGGUCAGUAUCCCUAAGGUACUAAGGGAUGCUUGUAGUAAGGAGAGCUCCGAAUCGGAGUUUUCCGUCGGCCCGCGACCGGAGCACUCCGCGGGGAGCCUCCGGGUGAUGCGACAUGAUUCGCCAUCUACAAUAACGCCCUUUUGUAUUGUAGCGAUUGGAAGAUAUUCUGAGCAUGGAGGUAUUAGUAAUAUUUGUUUUCCAUCAUGCAACGAGUAUCCUGUCUCUGAUUUCAUAGGAAUAAUAUUGUUCGAAAGUAAUUCGGGUGGACAGAUAUCUCGCACGACUGUAUUUCGGCAUGGCUCAACCAGAGACAAUCAAUGCUCUUAGAAAAUUUGCAUCAUGUGAUGUCGGCGAUGCUCUAGUCAAAUUGGGCGUUCCUAAUGGCGGCUACCUCUCUGGUCUCAAAAUGUUCUCCCCUGGGAUUAUGUGUACCAAAAGCAAACUAUUUGGUCCCGUGUACACAGUGAAAAUGGUUCGUGAUUCAGACAAGGCCUCUCCUACCCCUCCCAAGCACUUUGUAGAUGCGAUACCAAAGGAUUCCGUGGUGUUCAUCUCGCAGCCAAAGGGCCUUGUGAGUGCCUGCUGGGGUGGACUCAUGAGCACUAGGGCCAAAGUACUGGGAGCGGCAGGAGUCGUAAUCGAUGGACGAUUUAGAGACCUUGCAGAACAUCAAGAACUGGAUAUCAAGUUGUUUGCCCGUGAUAUCAGUAUUCUGGGGUCGGCAUCUUUCACCCGGUCGUCAGAGCUGAACGUACCGGUUACAUAUUGCUCUGAACCUGGCGAUGCUGUCAUUAUUCAACCGGGGGAUUUUCUAGUUGGAGAUGCCGAUGGAGUUGUUGUAGUGCCCGUGGAAAAGGUUGAAAAAUGUGUGAAGCUGUGCCAAGAACGUUACGAAAUCGAUGAGGAAACCCGAAAGUGUUUGGAGAAUGGAGAAGAGAUGGGGCCUACCAUCAAAAGGCUGAGGAAAUGAUGAGCGAAUAAUACCCUAAAGCCUAUACUAUUUAGAUCUAUUAACAACGAUGGUGAUGGUAUAUGUGGCCCUCACGCAGUGAAAGAGAUAUUAGAUGUUUGUUUCCGGUGCGGAGAAUGGAUCCCAGCUCCAAUCUCCUUGCAAAUAAUCGGCAAAAAAGUUUUCCAUAAGGGUGUCUAUAGCUGUGAUUUCAGAUUCUCCUAUACGUAAAAUAUUAGCUUGAAACUAGCAAAUAAACGGUACAAUAUACGUUGGUUAGAGAUUAGUUCGGAUGACUUCUGACUGGGGAGCCAGGGCAAGUCCAUGAUGUGGG